AUGUAUGCCACGAAGGCUUGGAAUAUUACUUUCUGCACGCUGACCUACCAGCUUUCUGAGCCAGCUUUUAGAUCGCAGGAAAGCCAAAAUAUAACACAAGAACAUAACCAGGGACAUACGACCGGCAGCCAAGAGCGUCCUUUGGCUCAGUACAUCUGGCUGGAGGAAACGCGGUUCUCCGAUGGCACUCCAGGGAAUAGAGAUGUUUCGGUGGCGGUGUAUGGCAACACUGGCAUCAGCUGGGAGUGUAAACAAAGCAUAAAGCCUAACAGAGACAAUGUAGCACAAAUAACUGAAUCAGGGAACCAGAUCAUCAGAGAAGCGAUGGCGACUGGUGUUGGCGAUCGUCUAUCUUGGAGUAGCCAUAGCAUAGUUCUGGCUAACAGCUUGCAUCGUCUCUAUGCACAAUCUAGUAUGCUGGAUGUCAGAUUGGUGUGUGACCAAGCACAUAUCUAUGCUCAUAAGGUUGUUUUGGCAGCAGGAAGUCAUUUCUUCUGGGAGCGCUUGCAGUCUCUAGGUGCAGGGAUGGUGGAGCUACAGAUGUCCUCCGUAAAUCUCGGAACACCCAUCACCCCAAGUGACUUGCGAGCAGUAGUGGAAUACAUGUACUGUGGAGAAUUGUUGGUGCCACACCACCGCCUGCCCUAUGUUCUGGCUUUGGUGCGUUCUCUCCAAGUGUUUGGUUUUCAGACAGACCUAGAGUCUCAAUUUCUGACGCCUAGUGAAAUUCAUUAUGCAGCAGAAACUCCAAAUGUGAUAGAGGUACCGACUGAGAGUCCUCAUGUAACACUGGAAGGAACUGUGGAAAGCAGUGGUGGGUUGGCUGACCAUACUACCCUACCUCUGCUGACUGUGAAGCCACAGGAUCAGAAUAUUCUUCAAGAUCCUCCUAAAUAUUCUGAGCCUUUGAAACUGGACACAAACCUUGGUACACAUGGGUCAUCCACAAAUAUGUCCUUCAGUGAACUCUGCACAGCACCAGGGGCAGAGGGAGAUGUUUUUGCUGUUCAGUGUAAUCAAGUCAAGCAUAAUAUUCCUUCAGUUUUUGAAAGUUCUGUCCUAGAAGAUAAUUCUCUUGUGUUUAAGACUCGUCCACCAGAAUGCAGUGAAGUUUUCAGCAAGUCUGAUGGGGAUGUGUAUAGUGGAGCCGUUCUGAACCUCACUAGUGAACCUGAUGCCUCAGAUGAUGACAACAGAAUGGUAAAUGUGGGUAAAGAUGACCGAAGCCAGCGAGAUCCAAGACAAACUAACAGUUGUGUUCUGGAGGGGGACACGGAUGAUGCUUACAAUACUGUUAUGUUGCUGGAAGCACUAGCAGGAGAGGCAGCUGGGACUCCUACUCAGGCCGUGGUGGAUGUUGACAGUAUUUUCCUGCCUGAAGAUGCAAAGAUGGCUGUCAGUCCAAGAUGGAUACGAUCUCGGAAGUCUCUUAGGGCUUCAGCAGAGUCCAGAGCUAGAUUGAAAGUUAAAGAUAGCAUUGGUGGUGUAUCUCUGCAAGACACUUCACAGAGACAGUCAACUGUGUGCCCUUCGCUUCAAGCAACUAGCCCAGGGGAAGAAGCAAACAUCAGUGAUGCCAAGGAGAGUUGGAUGGUGGUGGUGCCAGAGAGUGCGGGAGGAAUUCCUCUUGUUCAGCAAGCAACCAACAUCAACACAGUACAUCCACAACUUUCUCUACCACACUCCUCACAAGACAUAUCUCAUGAUCACACUUCAACAAUUCAUGUGGACUCUUCAUCACUAACUAGUCAAGCUACAAUUCCUCCAUUAGCAACUGUUACCAUGGCAUCCCCCAUUAUUAGUCAGGCUUCAUGUGCCAGCACUAUACCUGUCCUAACACAUUCCUCAGUCUCCAAUCCUGGCACAUUACUUGGUCAUUCUUCAAUUCCAAAUGCAGCUUCCUUGCUAACACAGCCAUCAUUACCCUUUACUCCAUAUAUCCAACCCUCCCUUCUUUCCACAACUGUCCUAAAUCAGUCUGAUGUAACACAGCCACAUCAAGCAUUGUCUACUAUCCCUAUGCAGGUACUUUCAGCACAGUCUCUGGACUCUGAAGUAUCAGUAUCAUAUUCUCCAAAUGCACCUUAUACAGGAACUUCUAGCUCAGUUAGCAGCCAGUCAUCUCUUCUUCCUGUGCAUGUUCAGACACAAGGCUCAGUGGCAACUGUCCUUCCCACCACACAGACUGCUAUUGCUUCAACAUCUCCCACUAUUGCAAGAACAAGUUCAGCUGUUACCUCACAUUCUGGGGUCUCUUCACCUUCUUCACUUGUCACAUCAUCUUUCACUCCAGUUCCUCUUGUGUCCCAUUCAUCUGUAUCUUCAACUCCAGAUCUUAAUCCUUCAGGAAUUUCACACUCUGGUAUUUCCACUCCCCUAAUCAUACAGUCAACCAUUGCUAGUAACAUCCUUCUAACACAGCCACCCAUUUCAGCCCCAGUCCUAGCAGCUCCAUCAGUCAUCAGUACACCUAUACUUACCCAACCCAAUCCCAAUAUCAGUCCAGUAGUUAUUCAACCUACCAUCCCAGCAGUUCCUCCUCCUACUCUGUCUUCCAGUGCAUCCACUGUGGAUCAUGGAUCAGGAGUAUCAGAAUUAAUCUUUUCAAGUUCAAAUUCAACGGCUCCCAGCAGCUCCUCCUGUGUAACGACAUGGUCAGAUUCUCCUGAACUCUCCUAUACAACUGCUUCAAUGGUAGACUCGUCUAGUGUGUCCCUGUCUUCCAGUUCCAGAUCAAACUGUCAUAGUACUAUGACAUCCACAUCACCAUCACAAGAAAAUGACAUUCCUUGUACAUCAUCUUCCAUUAUCCUUUCUACAAGGUGUUCAUCAACAGAAACUACUACUAUGGUCACACCUACCAGUAGCCUUACUACUGCUACCGUAACUUCUGUCACCUCUGCUACCAUUAAAGAAUCUUCUGAAACCACAAACACAUGUGCAAGCCCUGUCAGUAUCACACCAUCAAGCCCAGAUCAGAUACCAGAAUAUCCUGCUGAAAGUGAGGAAGAUGAUAGUCAUGAAUGCUCUCACUGUGCCCUCAUGCAUCUCCUGGAACUCAGUCGCUGUCAGCUGUGUGAUUUUAAUAGCCCCCUGCAAAGAACACUGGUUAAACAUGCCUCCUCCCACAUAACAAAAGACAACAACAUAUGCGCAAUAUGCAGCAAGAAGUUCAAGACACGCGCCACAAUUAAAACCCAUCUCCGGGUACAUCUCGGGGAAGAGGUUAUGUACAAGUGUGACUCCUGUCCAGUGAUGUACAGCCAGAAAUUUAAUCUUAUUAAGCACAUGGCCUCCAAACAUCAAAGGGAUGCUGAUGGGCAGCCUCUCACCGAAGCGCUUACUUGUCCCUACUGUGCCUUUUCCACUCUUGCAGAAUACAAACUAAAAGCUCAUAUUGUCCGUCGUCACACCGUUGAUAAGCCCUUCAAGUGUGACCAUUGUACUUAUGCUACAACAGAAAAGACAGCUUUGGCCAAACAUAUAAGGACACACACAAAGGAGCGCCCCUAUAUCUGUGAAACUUGUGGUUUCCAUGCCUUAACACUAAGUAGCCUUUGGCGUCAUCGCCGUAGCCACACAGGUGAAAAACCCUAUGAAUGUGAACAGUGUGGCCAACAGUAUGCAGACAGCAAGCGUCUACGAGAUCAUAUGUAUAAACAUAAUAAUGUCAAGCCAUUCAUGUGUCACAAAUGUGGUUACACAUGCAGAAGAAAAGACAAUUUACAGACUCAUCUUCAAAAAAUGCACAAACUAGAGGAUCAGAAAGGUGGUGUUGUUUCAGAAUCCACAGCUCCAAGUUCUGGAAAGGCUAAGAGAGCAAAAGGAAACAGUAUGGCUAGAUCCAGUUCCUCAACUGUAAAAAGUGCAUCAGAGACAUCAUCAGACAUUUCAGAAACACCUCAAAUGUCUAACUUAGAUGAUGUCAAAGUCAAAGUGGGACCAGAUGCAUCAAAGCUGCAGGUUUGGGCAGAUCAUAGCUAUGAGGCACGAGGUGAUAGUGGAUCCUUGCUAGUAAGCAGCACAGGACAAAUUGUAAGUUGUGCUGGUGGGGAAGUAGAUCCUGCAAGUGGGCGAGAUUUGGGAUCAUCCCACAGAACCUACACUACCACCACCAUUCCUGCUCAGACAAUACAGCCUGCAGCGCCUGGAUGCUUGGGAAUGAGUGGAGCAACACCAGCACUUCAAUUAAGUUAUCUCCUGCCUGUUACUGCACAAGCAGACCCAAACAUCACCCUGGGAACAUCAGCUGAAGGUGUAAUAUUGGUGGGUCAAACAGAUGUCUCCCACACAUCCAAACCUUUCAUGUAGAUAUAUGGUAUUUACUUGGGUUAAAAAAAUAACUAAAGUAUCAGUUUUAUAUUAACCACUGUGAUAUGCUACACAAAUCUAAUUUUUAGUUGUGUUCUCAUUGUGACAUACUUUCCAUACAUCAAAAGUAUAACUGCUAAAAGUAUACCAAAGAGACAGUGUAUUUAGAAAUUGUAGUUGUAAAUAAUAGAUGAAUAUAUAUUUUUAAAU